GUGGGGUUUGUAUGUAUAAAGCCUUUUGGCUAGUUUGAGGAGUGAGUUAGAGGUACGGACGCAGAAAAUUCAAAGGGGGCGCUCGCAUGCAUUAGUAGACUUUGCCAAGACUUACCCAGAAGCUACCUGGUUCCGUUUCACAUUAACUCACAAAACCCAAAUAUAGUUGCACCCAAAACCCACGUAUUUAUUUUCAUUUCUAUUUCUCCAAAGGCCACGGUUCUCCUUUUUUUUUUUUUUCCAGCAAGAAGCCAAGAACAACAACUGGUCUUUCAUUCCCUGAGCCACCUGAGUUUUGCAGGCCUUGAAGCGGCUUUGUUUAAACACUUGUAGACAUUUGACCUUGAAAACGUGGUCGCUGGUGUAUCACAGUUAUGACUUGUUUAUCCUUCAUACUCGGUAGAAAGGACUCAUCAAGAAAACUUGGGUUUGAAGUUGAUGACGAACUUUCUGGCAUUCAUGAUGUUAAACUAUACACGUACAGAGAGUUGAAGUUGGCGACUGAAGAUUUUGAUAUAGCCAAUAAAAUCGGGGAAGGUGGUUUUGGUUCUGUCUAUAAGGGACAACUUAAAGAUGGAAAUCUUGCUGCUAUAAAAGUUCUUUCAGCUGAAUCAAGACAAGGGGUGAAGGAGUUUUUGACUGAGAUAGAUGUGAUCUCAAAAAUAGAGCAUGAAAAUCUAGUUAAGCUCUAUGGCUGUUGUAUAGAAGGGGACCAGAGAAUUUUGGUCUACAACUACCUCGAGAAUAAUAGUCUUGCACAAACUCUUCUUGGUGGAGGUUUCAGUAAUAUCCAGUUUAAUUGGCGAACACGGCGUGGAAUAUGUAUCGGAAUUGCAUGUGGGCUUGCGUUCCUUCAUGAGGAUGUACGUCCACAUAUUAUUCACAGGGAUAUCAAAGCCAGCAAUAUUCUCCUUGAUAAAGACCUAAUGCCUAAAAUUUCAGAUUUUGGCCUUGCAAAACUUAUCCCGGCCAACGUGACUCAUGUUAGCACACGAGUGGCAGGAACAAUAGGUUAUCUGGCACCAGAAUACGCAAUACGAGGGCAAUUGACGAGGAGAGCAGAUGUUUAUAGUUUUGGGGUACUCCUUGUGGAAAUAGUCAGUGGCAGAUGCAAUACUAAUACACUACUACCCAUUGAGGAACAGUAUCUGCUUGAAAGGACAUGGAAUCUCUAUGAACGCAGGGAGCUGGUUGGUCUGGUAGACACAGCAUUGAACGGGGAUUUUGAUGCUGAGGAGGCCUGUAGAUUCUUAAAGAUUGGUCUUCUCUGCACACAAGACACUCCGAAGCUCAGACCAUCCAUGCCAACUGUGGUGAAGAUGCUAAAAGGUCAGAAGGAAAUCGACGAUACUAAGAUAACAAAGCCAGGCUUGAUAUCUGAUUUCAUGGAUCUCAAAAUACGAAGCCAACCGAAUAGUAAGAAGCCUAGCGAAAAGACCACUGCUUCGUCCUACAAUGAGUCCUCCGGUUCAGACAACCCGGACAAUUCAAACCUGUCAUCAGAAACCUCAGCUGCUGCUAUUUCCACUUUCAUCACAAACCUGUCCUUUGAAACCACACCUCCGGGUACUACAACCUUCGACUUCAAAACCAUAUGAACUGAGCGCUUACAGGUUACAGAAUGUGUCGAUUUGAUUUAUUCUUAUAUAUAGGGUUUUGCGGCUUCUUGUAAAUUGUAUAAUUAUGUUUCUUUUUCUUUUUUUUUUAAUUUUUUUUUAUACCAUACUACACCUUCCUAGCUGGAGGUACUCCAAUGUAAAUGGAUCAUACUUGGUAAUUGAGAGAAAUUUUUCCUGGCUUCAAUGUCUUUCCGGCACCACAGUAGUACAGACAUCCUCUCGAAAUGUAUCUAAUAUGUUAUGGACUAUAUUUACCAUUGCAAUUAGGGUGCAGUGGUGGACCAUAAUGAUUUUCAUCAUUGUUGUAUCUUGACUUGGUAACACAUUGCUUAGAGCAUCUUGAUUUCAUCAGCCUUGCAGACAUGGAAUCUCUAUGAACGCAGGGAGCUGGUUGGUCUGGUAGACACAGCAUUGAACGGGGAUUUUGAUGCUGAGGAGGCCUGUAGAUUCUUAAAGAUUGGUCUUCUCUGCACACAAGACACUCCGAAGCUCAGACCAUCCAUGCCAACUGUGGUGAAGAUGCUAAAAGGUCAGAAGGAAAUCGACGAUACUAAGAUAACAAAGCCAGGCUUGAUAUCUGAUUUCAUGGAUCUCAAAAUACGAAGCCAACCGAAUAGUAAGAAGCCUAGCGAAAAGACCACUGCUUCGUCCUACAAUGAGUCCUCCGGUUCAGACAACCCGGACAAUUCAAACCUGUCAUCAGAAACCUCAGCUGCUGCUAUUUCCACUUUCAUCACAAACCUGUCCUUUGAAACCACACCUCCGGGUACUACAACCUUCGACUUCAAAACCAUAUGAACUGAGCGCUUACAGGUUACAUAAUGUGUCGAUUUGAUUUAUUCUUAUAUAUAGGGUUUUGCGGCUUCUUGUAAAUUGUAUAAUUAUGUUUCUUUUUCUUUUUUUUUUAAUUUUUUUUUAUACCAUACUACACCUUCCUAGCUGGAGGUACUCCAAUGUAAAUGGAUCAUACUUGGUAAUUGAGAGAAAUUUUUCCUGGCUUCAA